AUGAACUAUGAUGUGGUCAAAAACACUCAUUAUUUCAAAAAUUAUUAUUUUUCCUUGGCAAACAUGUCCAAGACAUCAAGGAUUAACAAGUUGUAUCCAGUGGGCUCUUCGUCCUUAUGCUCCAUUUCCGCCAGCGGUUCAGGACAAAGUUUGGAGGACAUGUUGCACGUAACACAGGUGCAGACCUCAGAGCCAGACGACGCUGACCUUUACUUUUACAACGAUGGUAGCAAGAAAUCAAAUUCAGAUUUGGAGAUUAAGACUAGUACACCGGAUCUGCAAAAGGAAGUGCCUAUGGAACCACCAUACGUGGCACUGGUCAGCAACUUGCCCAUGGAGUGCACUGAAAGGGAAUUGCAGAAAGUUUUUACCAACUUUUCGGUCUGUUCUUUAACCAUACCCAAGAAGGGUAAACGACCCAAGGGCUUUGCCUAUGUAGAGGUGGAUUCCCGGGAUGAGCUGAUUCGUCUGCUUCAGCUGGAUAAACCCAAGUGCCGUGGUCGUUGCCUCAUGAUAAAGAUCAGCCAGAAUCAUGCAACACCUCAAAAGCUGGGAGCUGGUGAUUCAAAUUUGGGAAAAUAUUCAAGCAGCGAAUGUGUUGCAAACUCCGAACACUAUUCAGCUAGUGUCAGUGAUUUUGAGGCCAUUGAUUUGCCACUCAGUGAUCAAGAGUCGCCUGUCUUUCCAGGCAGUGAGUCAUCCUAUUACGGAAGAGAAUCGCCCAUCACCCGGCAGCCAAGUAGUAUGGAGGAACUUGAACGCCGCAUGGAGGUACGUCUUCAAAAGCUGGCCGAGUUCGAGAAUGCCGAGUCGGAGAGGGCUCAGAAUGGCUGCAUGGAUGAGCAGGACUCGUACAGCAUGUCCUGGAGCGAUAUCCUCAGCGAGACCAGAAGCAGUGAGGGUAACUAGAUUGGUUCUUUGGGAUGAAUAUGUUAAUGUGUUUUUUUCAUUAUAAAGCGGGAUAAAGAUACAAAGUAUCCUAUAUCCUCUUCAAUAAAAACGAAUCCUGCUUAAAACUAUUAAAAAAUAUAUUUAUUUUUCAGCCGCUAUAAACACAUCUUGGUUCAUCUGCCUUAUGAUUUAUUAAAACAAUAAACUUCUUGAUUCAUUUUUUUAUAUAAAAACCUGCCCUCCAGUCAAUGUCCACAGAAAUUAUGGCCCCAAAAUGAGAUAAUUAACGAAAAAUCAAAUGCUGUUAAUGACCAGUUAAAUGUUCCUUUCCCCCUUGGCAACAGCUGCAGGAAAGCCGAAAACCGAAAGACCGAAAACCAAAAAACCGAAAUUAAAAGAAAACAAUUUAUCAACAAUAUUGACUAAAAGCUGUCAACUGAAUUAAUUUAAACUGAUUUAUUAAUGUGGCGACAGUUGGCCGAUCGAACCGCUGACGUUCAGACUCGAAUUUUCAACCCACCGCCCCAUACACUUUUGGGCCAACAAACAAAAAGCCAAAAACAAUCCGGUAAGCAUACGCUAAUUGACCAACUAAUUAGCGCAUUUAAUGGCUGUAUAUAUAUAUAUAGAUAUCUGGAUAAAACACGGUCACCGAAACAAGAAAGACAGACUUGCUAAUGAAAUUAACGUAGCGUGGUUAAUAGUUUUGCCAAAUUUGGAAAAUUGUUAUUUUUUUUUUCAUAUUAAAUCCGUCGAUUUCCAGUUCUGCCCCUUCUGGCGUCAUCUUUCUCAUGCAUUAUCUUUAUUUCUUUAUUAUUUUUUUUAUACUAUAAAGCUGUUAAUUCCCCG